CUGGCAGCGCUGUUCAUACGUUUUCUUGCAACUGGCGACAUCGACGGUUUCCACGCAAAAUUACUAAAUAAACGUAAUUAAAGUGCUUAUAACCACAUAAAAAUGUUGAAAAAGUGCAAAUAAAUGGACAAUCCAGCAAGUUAUUAUUAAUUCAUCGCUGUAAAUACGUAAGAAGUAGGAGAAAUCUGCAACUGAAAAGUAGCAGCUAAAUAAUAAAAAAAUUUUCGCUUGUCUCGCGUCGUCUACAGCAACGUUUUACAUUGGUAUUGGUGAGCGAGCAGGCAACCCAAAUACAAAUACUGCGUGCGUGUGAAAGAGAAAAAGGCGCUCCACUGCCAGUGGUUAGAGAUAGUGAUAGAGAGAGGAGAGUGUGUUUUUCCAGUGUGUACAUGCCCAUGUAAAAAUCGACGCAGGCAACAAAAGAAAAGAAGGACAAUUGAGAGAUUUGUAUUGAGUUAUGAGUGUCGCUGCAAUGACUAUGGACGAUCAGAGACCCUUGAUGAACAGUUACGAUAAAAUGUCUACAAAAUAUGAUCACAAUUUGCAUAUGAUUAGCAGCAGUGGCAGCGGGGGUGGUGGUGUUGGUGGGGGUGGGAGUGGUGUUGUUGGCGGUGCAGGUGCAGGUGGUGCUGGGGGUAACACUGGUAGUGGCCCCUCUGGCCCCGCAUCGCCAACACCGUCCGUCUCUGAGGAGCUUCAACAACAACAACAGCAGCAACAUCAUCAUCAUCACCAUCAUCAUCAUCAUUCGACUUCAUCGCAAGCACAACAAACACAGGAGCAACAACAACAACAGCAACUUCAGCAACAGCCACAGCAUCGACACCACCAUCACCAACAACAACAACAACAACAACAACAACAAGAACAACAACAACAACACGAAGCCGCUGUUGCCGAAGCUGCCGCCGCAGCCGAACAACGACGAUUGCUCGAAGAUGAAAUUGAAAAUCUCAAGGUGGAGCAAACGCGUCUGGGAUUGCAAUGCGCCGACGCUCAGCGGAGAGAGAAGAUCCUCAUGCGACGUCUGGCCAACAAGGAACAAGAGUUUCAGGAUUAUGUGAGUCAAAUUGCCGAAUACAAGGCACAGCAGGCUCCUACAGCUUUGGCCCUUCGCACUGCACUUCUUGAUCCGGCUGUCAAUUUACUGUUUGAACGUCUCAAAAAGGAACUAAAGGCCACCAAGUCAAAGCUUGAAGAGACACAAAAUGAGCUCUCUGCCUGGAAGUUUACGCCAGAUUCAAAUACGGGAAAGCGCCUGAUGGCCAAGUGUCGUUUGUUAUACCAAGAGAACGAAGAGCUGGGUAAAAUGACUUCAAAUGGACGCUUGGCGAAACUGGAGUCUGAACUGGCCAUGCAAAAGAGCUUCAGUGAGGAAGUUAAAAAAUCGCAAUCAGAGUUAGAUGACUUUUUACAGGAGCUGGAUGAAGAUGUGGAGGGCAUGCAGAGCACUAUUUUAUUUCUACAACAAGAGUUAAAGACAACACGCGAUCGGAUUCAGACGCUAGAGAAGGAAAAUUCACAGCUGCGGCAAGCGAGCUCCUCUAACAGUCCAAAGGAAACCAUCGACAAUGCGGCGCCGACAACGACUGUGGUGACAAAUGGCCAAAGUAUCAGUAGCAGUAACAGCAACCAGUUCCAGCAAGCCAUUAUCAGUAGCAAACUGGAGUCAAUUGAUGAGAAUGCAUGUCUGGAGACAACAACAAGAGCUGCUGACUACUACAACGGCAUCAACAACGAUCAACCGACUGCAACCCCUGAGCUUAUAGUUCCCGACGAAGGCAGCAACUGCAAUGGCAGCAAAAGUGCAGCUGCUGCGCGAUUGGCACGAAAACGCAACUACGAGGAGGAAAGUGCAGCUGCUAUAUGCGUUCCGGAGGCGUCGGUGGUGCCGACAAUGCGGGAAAUCAGUGCGCCACGUAUUCUGCCGCCCAAAAAGUCCAAGCUACGUGGAAUUGUCACACGACGCAACUCUCAACUGGAGGAUGAGCAGAAUCUGGGCCUUGUGACAGCGACGCCGCUUGGCCUUGACAAUGCGGUGGCUAGCAUGGCCAGCGAGGAGGCAACUGCAGCUACUUCAGUUACGACACAUAUUCUGGAUCAGGCGGCAACGAUUGUGGCAGAGGAUGUGGCACCAACAACUGUGGCCCCAGCACGCAUUCUGACGCGACGUCGAUCCGUUCGCAUGCAACAGAAUGGUGCAAGUGGCGUUGACUACUGAGCCAGCAGACUUUUAAAAAAGCGUGCUAAUAUGUUUUUAUGGUAUCAGACGUUUAAAUAUUUUUUCAUUUGACAUAUGCAUAAUACUAAUCGUUAAUUUUUGACGUUUACUUUGUGAAUUGAGAUUCAAGAGAGACUUGCUGUUUAUUAUAUAUAUAAUAAAAAUAUAUUUUUCUUUUUACACAUUUGUAUUGUACAAUACGAUUAUAGUUUUGUUUAUGCCCAUGCAUGCGACAUAUAUAGACUAUAAUAUAAAUAUGUAGUAUACCAUUUUAAAAAAAAUUUAACACUUCGUAAUCUUAACAGGAAAUAACAUUAACCUUUAUCAGAUUACUACAAUUGAUACAUUUAUUUUAAAUGGAACUUGAAAAGCUAAUAAAGUCGAGUCCUAGCCGACGUGUAGCUAAAUUAUCGUUUAAUUAUUAGUUUAAGUCAUUUUUGUAAUACAAGAAAGUUGUAUCAAUUAUUACAACUUAUGUUAAAAUAAAUUGUUAAGCGUAAAAAAAUUU